AUGACCACAGCGGAUGAAUGUCACGGAACUCCCUCGGUCGACCGAGAUGCAAGCCGUCAAUUGAACGCCGCAUCUUCUCAAACAGACUCUUCGCACGACCAGGCACUUCCUGGACAAGAGCAGAGACCAUGGAGCUUCUCUGGCCAGAGCCCAGAUCCCGAAGACGAUCCCCCUUCUCUCUACAAGGAGAAAUCUCAUCACGAUGAGGUAGAAUGCAACCUGGAAUCCACUCCUCUUCCACAGCGACCGAGCACCAGCUCGCGCCAGACCACAUGUGUCUCCGUUGCAGCAGCACCAUACGGCGACAAUUACUGCUGUGACCUGGAAAAGCCCAUCUCUCAUGGCAGUCGUCCUUGUGCGCGCUCCGCCUCAUCCCACUCUCCCUCGUCCUGUUCUCCCUCCACCAUCCCAACCCAUGACGAGGACCGAUCUGCCAACCUCGCGACCGCUACCAGAACCGUCUCCACCGAUGUCCACGGAAACAGCUACCCGGAAGGAGGUCUUCGCGCCUGGCUUUGCGUCCUCGGCUCCUUCAGCGGCCUGAUGGUCGCUCUAGGAAUGAUGAACACAAUCGGCACCUACCACGCCUACCUCGCUACGCACCAACUCUCGGCGGUAUCCGAAAGCGCCCUCGGAUGGAUCUUCGGCAUCUACGCCUUCCUCUCCUUCUUCGCCGGGAUCCAGAUCGGGCCCAUCUUCGACGCCUGUGGACCCCGCCACCUCAUCUUCGCCGGCAGCGUCCUGCUCAUGACGUCGCAACUCCUGCUGGGGAUCUGCACGAGAUACUGGCAUUUCUUCGUCGUGUUCGGGCUGAUCGGCGGGCUCGGCACCUCGCUGGUCUUCACCCCCUCCAUCUCCGCCAUCGGGGCCGGCGGCAGCAUGGGCGGCGUCAUCUUCCCGCUGGUCCUGCAGGCCCUGUUCCCGCGCAUCGGCUUCGCCUGGUCCACCCGCGUGUUACUAUACAGCGAGGGUGGUAUAUGA